AUGUCCUCCGAAAAUCCACUUCCAGCAGGAUGGGAAAAGCGUCAAAGUCGCACGAAUGACCGUGUCUACUACUUCAACACCGCCACCGGCGUCAGUCAAUGGGAUCGUCCUGAAGCGUCGGCUUUCGGAAAAGGAAGUGAUUUGAAGUCUGUUCAAUGUCUUCAUCUUCUCGUUAAGCAUGAAGGAAGCCGCAAUCCGUCGUCGUGGCGCUCCGACCAUAUCACUCGGUCAAAGGAAGAUGCUAUCAAUAUCCUGAAGAACUAUGAAAGAGAGCUGCGAGAUGCGUCGAACAUCGAAGGAAAGUUCCGUGAUUUGGCCAAACAGUUCAGUGAUUGCAGUUCUGCAAAACGUGGAGGAGAUCUUGGGCCAUUCGAACGCCGUCAAAUGCAAAAACCUUUCGAGGACGCUUCGUUCGCUCUCGAGGUCGGAGAGAUGUCGCCAAUCGUCGACACGUCAUCUGGAGUCCACCUCAUCUAUCGCAUCAAAUAA